UUGGGGAAAAGAGAAAGUUGCAAGGAUGAAUGAGAGGCAGAGGUUGGCGAAUCUCCUGAGGAACUGUUCGAAGAAUUUGCUACUUGAUCAGGGAAUGCAAGCUCAUGGGACAGUAAUGAAAAUGGGUCUUGGGUUUGAUUUGAUGUUGAGCAAUGAUCUUAUAGAUAUGUAUGGUAAAUGUGGUAGAACGGGCAUGGCCUGUGCUGUGUUUGAUAGAAUGCCUGAAAGAAAUGUGGUUUCUUGGACAGCUUUAAUGUGCGGCUACUUACAGAAUGGUAAUGCCAAAGGGUCACUGUCUCUUUUUAGUAAAAUGGGACUUUCAGAAAUUAAGCCCAACGAGUUCACUUUUUCAAUUAAUUUAAAGGCGUCUGGUUUUGUGGGCAUUGCUGAGAAUGGAAUGCAGAUUCACAAUAUGUGCACUAAAUCUGGUUUUGAAUGGGUAACGGUGGUGAGCAAUUCUAUCCUUGACAUGUACACGAAAUGUGGAAGAGUUAGUGAAGCUGCCCGGAUGUUCAACGUUAUGCCAGUUAAGAACCUUAUUACUUGGAAUGCGAUGAUAGCCGGAUACACACUCAAAGGAAAUGGGGAGAGAGCUUUGCUUUUGUUCAGGCAAAUGCAGGGGAUGGGAGAAGUCCCUGACGAGUAUACGAUUACAAGCACACUGAAGGCUUGUAGUGGUCUGGGAGCAAUUCGGCAAGGAAGCCAAAUACAUUCCUCCUUAAUCACAAGAGGAUUCUUGUGUUCAGUUCGGACCAUGAUUGCAGGUGCUCUUGUUGAUCUGUAUGUAAAAUGCAGCCACUUGACCGAAGCUCAGAGAAUAUUCGACCAAAUCGAACAGAAGAAUCUAGUAUCCUGGAGUGCCCUGAUUCUGGGUUAUGCCCAAGAAUGCAAUCUACUGCAGGCCAUGGACUUGUUUAGGCAGCUCAGGGUUAGUAUACACCAUCAAGUAGAUGGGUUUAUUCUCUCAAGUCUUAUGGGUGUGUUUGCUGAUUUUGCUCUAGUGGAACAAGGUAAGCAAAUGCAUGCUUUCACCAUUAAAAUUCCAUCUGGUUUAGACAUAUCAGUAACUAAUUCAAUUCUGGAUAUGUAUCUCAAGUGCGGAUUAACAGAUGAGGCAGAAAAACUAUUUAAUGAAACUCCUGUGAGGAAUGUCAUUUCUUGGACAAUUAUGAUAACUGGAUAUGGAAAGCAUGGUCUUGGAAGGAAAUCCAUACGUCUUUUCCACCAAAUGCAAUCAGAAGACAUAGAACCCGACGGGGUGACUUACUUAGCCGUGCUCUCAGCCUGCAGCCAUUCUGGACUCGUUGAAGAAUGCCAAGAGUACUUCUCAAGAUUAUGCCAUGACAGAUGGAUUGAACGAAAUGUAGAACAUUAUGCUUGCAUGGUUGAUCUCCUUGGGCGAGCUGGACGCUUAAAAGAAGCUAAGAAUUUGAUUGACAGCAUGCCUUUAAAACCAAAUGUUGGAAUAUUGCAAACUUUACUGAGUGCUUGUAAAGUACAUGGAGACUUGGAAAUAGGGAGAGAAGUAGGAGAGACACUUUUGAGAUUGGAUGGCGGUAACCCUGUCAACUAUGUGAUGUUGUCAAACAUCUACGCUGAGGCUGGCUACUGGAAGGAGUGUGAGAGAUUAAGAAAACUGUUCAAGAUGAAGGGGUUAAAGAAAGAGGCGGGACGCAGUUGGGUAGAGAUCGAUAAGGAGGUCCACUUUUUCUACAACAGGGACGAGACACAUCCACUUACAGAAAAGAUUCAUCAAAAGUUGAAGGAAAUGGAACAGAGAAUAAAAUCUGAGAUUGGUUAUGUUCAUGGAGUGAGGUUUGCACUGCAUGACGUGGAAGAAGAGUCAAAGGAAGAGAGCUUGAGAGUUCAUAGUGAGAAGUUGGCAAUUGGGUUGGCACUGGUGUGUGGUGAGGUGGAGAAGGGGCACAAGACAAUUCGAGUUUUCAAGAACUUGAGAGUGUGCGGAGAUUGCCAUGUGUUUAUUAAAGGCUUGUCAAAGGUUUUAAAGGUGGUGUUUCUGGUGAGAGAUGCAAAUAGGUUUCAUAAGUUUGAGAACGGAUUGUGUUCUUGUGGAGAUUAUUGGUGAUGUUCAGCGACAUGUUGCACUUCUAUAAGCCAAAUUUAAAAUUCAACUUUGUCCAA